AUGACUAAAAGACGCGCUGCGCAGAGCACCAACACCCUCGCAAACACCGCGAAUCCAAAACCCCAAACCACCCAGUCUUCCACAGCCAAAAUGCCUAAGGCGACCGGAAAGAAUACCAAAACCAAGGGCCGUGGUGCCGAGAAGAAGAAGAAGGACCCCAAUGCUCCCAAGCGUGGCCUCUCUGCCUACAUGUUCUUUGCCAACGAGCAGCGCGAGAACGUCCGUGAGGAGAACCCGGGCAUUAGUUUUGGCCAGGUUGGCAAGGUCCUCGGUGACAAGUGGAAGGCCCUGAGCGAUAAACAACGCGAGCCGUACGAGAAGAAGGCCGCCGCCGACAAGAAGCGAUAUGAGGACGAAAAGGCGAAAUACAACGCUGGCGAGGACGACGAUGACGAGGACUGA